AAAUUUUUAUGUUGGGGAAUGAUAACCGCAACCAUAAUUAAUAGUUUGUUAUUCACGAAUGUAAACGCGGAACUAAAUGGGCCAACGGACGAAUUGACGGAAAACAACAUAGUUAGCAGAGAAAGAAGAUCCCCCUGGGGUGGAGGUGGAUGGGGUGGUGGUGGUGGUGGAUGGGGCGGUGGUGGCCAAGGAGGAAGUCGUCAAAAAAGCUGGGGAGGAGGAGGCCAAUCUCAGGGCGGUAGUCAAAAAAGUUGGGGAGGAGGCAGAGGCGGUGGUAGCCAAAAAAGUUGGGGAGGAGGCAGAGGCGGUGGUAGCCAGAAAAGUUGGGGAGGAGGCAGAGGCGGUGGUAGUCAGAAAAGUUGGGGAGGAGGCAGAGGCGGUGGUAGCCAGAAAAGUUGGGGAGGAGGCAGAGGCGGUGGUAGUCAGAAAAGUUGGGGAGGAGGUGGGGGUCAAAGUCAAAAAAGUUGGGGAGGAGGCUUUGGCGGUAAUUAUUAA